GUGUGUAUUUGCGUGCGCGGGCGCGCGCUGUCCGGGCUGGGCGGGCCCAGCGGGUUUUGACUGCUCCGAGGCUCUGAGGCGGAAAGGAGGAGGUUUCAAGUGGACGCUGGUUCUUUUAUUCCCGGGCUGAAGGGACGAGGGAGCCGAAGGCUCCAUGCCCAGUGUGGGGUUUGAACUCACGACCCUGAGAUCAAGUCACAUGCCCUACCGACUGAGCCGCCCAGGCACCCCUGUUAACUCUUUUUGUGGAUAUUUUUGCAUACAUAAGUGAAUGUCUCCUUGAGCUCAUGGUUGACAGCUCAGAGAACAAAAAAUUUGAGGGAAGAUGGACGCAAAAGCUCGAAACUGUUUGCUUCAACAUAGAGAAGCCCUGGAAAAGGACAUCAAAACGUCCUACAUCAUGGAUUGUAUGAUUAAUGAUGGAGUUUUAACAGUACUGGAGGAGGAAAAAGUAAAAAAUGAGCCCACUCAACAGCAGCGAGCAGCUCUGUUAAUUAAAAUGAUACUUAAAAAAGAUAAUUAUUCCUACAUAUCAUUCUACAAUGCUUUAAUACAUGAAGGGUAUAAAGAUCUUGCUGCCCUUCUCCAUAGUGGCAUUCCUGUCAUCUCUUCUUCCAAUGGUGGCAAAGAUUCAGUUGGUGGAAUAACUUCAUAUGUAAAGACAGUCCUUUGUGAAGGUGGAGUGCCACAGAGGCCAGUUGUUUUUGUUACCAGGAAGAAGCUGGUGAAUGCAAUUCGGCAGAACCUAUUCAUACUAAAUGGUGAACCAGGAUGGGUCGUCAUAUAUGGAAUGGCAGGUUGUGGGAAGUCUGUUUUAGCUGCAGAAGCUGUUCGAGAUCAUUUUUUCUUAGAUGGUUGUUUCCCAGGGGGUGUGCACUGGGUUUCAGUUGGGAAACAAGACAAAUCUGGACUUCUGAUGAAAUUGCAGAAUCUUUGCUCACGGUUGGAUCAAGAUGAGAGUUUCUCUCAGAGGCUUCCACUCAACAUUGAAGAGGCUAAAGACCGUCUUCGCAUUCUGAUGUUGCGCAAACACCCAAGGUCUCUGUUGAUCUUGGAUGAUGUUUGGGAUCCUUGGGUAUUAAAAGCUUUUGACAAUCAGUGUCAAAUUCUCCUUACAACCAGAGACAAGAGUGUUACAGAUUCAGUAAUGGGUCCUAAAUACGUAGUCUCUGUGGAGAGUGGCUUAGGAAAAGAAAAAGGACUUGAAAUUUUAUCCCUUUUUGUUAAUAUGAAGAAAGCAGAUUUGCCAGAGCAAGCUCACAGUAUUAUAAAAGAAUGUAAAGGUUCUCCUCUUGUAGUGUCUUUAAUUGGUGCACUUUUACGUGAUUUUCCCAACCGUUGGGAUUACUACCUCAGGCAACUUCAGAAUAAGCAAUUUAAGAGAAUAAGGAAAUCUUCAUCCUACGAUUAUGAGGCUCUGGAUGAAGCCAUGUCUAUAAGUGUUGAAAUGCUCAGAGAGGACAUCACAGAUUAUUACGCAGAUCUUUCUAUCCUUCAGAAGGAUGUUAAGGUGCCUACAAAGGUGUUAUGUAUUCUCUGGGACAUGGAAACUGAAGAAGUUGAAGACAUACUGCAGGAGUUUGUUAAUAAGUCUCUCUUAUUCUGUGAUCGGAAUGGAAAAUCAUUUUGUUAUUAUUUACAUGAUCUUCAAGUAGAUUUCCUUAUAGAGAAGAAUCGCAACCAACUUCAGGAUUUACAUAAGAAGAUAAUCACUCAGUUCCAGAAACAUUACCAGCCACAUACUCUUUCACCGGAUCAGGAGGACUGCAUGUAUUGGUACAAUUUUCUGGCCUACCACAUGGCUAGUGCCAAUAUGCACAAAGAACUUUGUACUUUAAUGUUUUCCCUGGAUUGGAUUAAAGCAAAAACUGAACUCGUAGGCCCUGCUCAUCUGAUUCAUGAAUUUGUGGAAUACAGGCAUAUAUUGGAUGAAAAGGAUUGUGCAGUCUGUGAAAAUUUCCAGGAAUUUUUAUCUUUAAAUGGACAUCUUCUUGGACGACAGCCAUUUCCUAAUAUUGUACAGCUGGGUCUCUGUGAACCAGAAACUUCAGAAGUUUAUCAGCAAGCUAAGCUGCAGGCCAAGCAGGAGGUCGAUCAUGGAGUUCUGUACCUGGAGUGGAUAAACAAAAAAAACAUCAAGAAUCUUUCCCGCUUAGUUGUCCGCCCCCAUACAGAUGCUGUUUACCAUGCUUGCUUUUCUGAGGAUGGUCAAAGAAUAGCUUCUUGUGGAGUUGAUAAAACCCUACAGGUGUUCAAAGCUGAAACAGGAGAGAAACUGCUAGAAAUCAAGGCUCAUGAGGAUGAAGUGCUUUGUUGUACAUUCUCUGCAGAUGACAGAUUAAUAGCAACCUGCUCAGUGGAUAAAAAAGUGAAGAUCUGGAAUUCUCUGACGGGGGAACUAAUACAUAUCUAUGAUGAGCACUCAGAGCAAGUCAACUGCUGCCACUUUACCAACAACAGUCAUUACCUUCUCUUAGCCACUGCGUCAAGUGACUGCUUCCUCAAACUCUGGGAUUUGAAUCAAAAAGAAUGUCGAAAUACCAUGUUUGGCCACACAAAUUCAGUCAAUCACUGCAGAUUUUCACCAGAUGAUAAGCUUUUGGCUAGUUGUUCAGCUGAUGGAACAUUAAAGCUUUGGGAUGUGAAAUCAGCAAACGAGAGGAAAAGCAUUAAUGUGAAGCAGUUCUUCCUAAAUUCAGAGGAGCCUCAAGAGGAUAUGGAAGUGAUCGUGAAAUGCUGUUCAUGGUCUGCUGAUGGUGCUAGGAUAAUGGUGGCAGCAAAAAAUAAAAUCUUUCUUUUUGACAUUCAUACCAGUGGCUUAUUGGCAGAAAUCCCUACAGGCCAUCACAGCACCAUCCAGUAUUGUGACUUCUCCCCGCAAAAUCAUUUGGCAGUGGUGGCUUUGUCCCAGUGCUGUGUGGAGUUGUGGAAUAUGGAUUCGUAUUUAAAAGUGGCUGAUUGCAGAGGACAUUUAAGUUGGGUUCAUUGUGUGAUGUUUUCUCCUGAUGGAUCAUCAUUUUUGACAUCUUCUGAUGACCAGACAAUCAGGCUCUGGGAGACAAAAAAAGUAUGUAAGAAUUCUGCUAUUGUGUUAAAGCAAGAAAUAGAUGUUGUGUUUCAAGAAAAUGAAGUGACGGUUCUUGCAGUUGACAAUAUAAAACGUCUGCAGCUCAUUAAUGGCAAAACAGGUCAGAUUGAUUAUCUGACUGAAGCUCAAGUUAGUUGCUGUUGCCUAAGUCCACAUCUUCAGUACAUUGCAUUUGGAGGUGAAGAUGGAGCCAUUGAGAUUUUAGAGCUCCUAAACAACAGAAUCUUCCAAUCCAGGAUUGGGCACAAGAAAACUGUGCGGCACAUCCAGUUCACAGAUGAUGGGAAGACUCUUAUUUCAAGCUCUGAUGAUUCUUCAAUUCAGGUAUGGAAUUGGCAGUCAGAAGAAUAUGUCUUUCUACAAGCCCACCAGGAAACAGUGAAAGACUUUAAGCUCUUGAAAAAUUCAAAACUGCUUUCCUGGUCAUUUGAUGGAACAGUGAAGGUAUGGAGUAUUAUUACUGGAAGAAUAGAAAAAGACUUUGUCUGUCACCAGGAUACAGUACUUUCUUGUGAUAUUUCUCCUGAUGCUUCCAAGUUUUCAUCUACAUCUGCUGAUAAGACUGCAAAGAUUUGGAGUUUUGACCUUCUUUCCCCUCUUUGUGAAUUGAGGGGCCACAAAGGUUGUGUGCGCUGCUCUGUCUUCUCUGUGGACAGUACCCUGUUGGCGACUGGAGAUGACAAUGGAGAAAUCCGGAUAUGGAAUGUCUCAAAUGGUGAGCUGCUUCAUUUGUGCGCUCCGAUUUCAGUAGAAGAAGGAGCUGCUACCCACGGAGGCUGGGUGACUGACCUUUGCUUUUCUCCAGAUAGCAAAAUGCUUGUCUCUGCUGGAGGAUAUCUUAAGUGGUGGAAUGUUGUCACUGGGGAGUCCUCACAGACCUUCUACACAAAUGGAACCUAUCUUAAGAAAAUACACGUGUCCCCUGACUUCAAAACAUAUGUGACUGUUGAUAAUCUUGGUAUAUUAUAUAUUUUACAGAUGUUAGAAUAAAGUAGUUAAGGAUUAAUGUAAGUUGAACUUUUUAAUUUUGAAUUGGAAAAAAUUCUAGUGAAACUCUGUAUUUCGACUUUUUGUAAAGCUGUGAAUUGUUUUGCAGUUAUUGCAUUCAUUACAAAAGUGUUUGUGGUUGGAUGAAUAAUGUUAAUGUAGCUUUUUCCUAAAUGAACGCACCUUUAAUCUUGUUUUUCAUAAUCAUCAUCAUUCUUGUUAACAGUUUGUCCUUAAGGUGCAAAUGAAAAUGUAAAUACGUACCUUAUUAUACUGUUGGUAAAAUUCUCUCAUGAUGCAUUCAAAUUGGUUGACAUAAUUAAUGAGAAUAAUUCGGAGGAAAUAUGUAUUUUAAUGCUAUUAUUAGGCAGGCUGUGCCUCAGGAUAGCAGACCUGCUUUCUGAACCACAUUUACCCCAAAGGGCAUAGUUCUCCCAAUUACAAUCUUGGGGCUUAUUUGUACCCCUUAAAUUUGUUUUAAAAAUAUUAUGUCUGCCUGCAAUGUUUCUUUUAAUUCACUCAGUAAGUGAGUGUUGGAUUUCAAAAGUUGUUUGAAGCAAAAGUUCUUGUGAAUCAAAAAUUAUACGUGUUGAAGAGAGUAAAUUUUAUUGGUUUACCUUUUCCUCAUUAGCUGAUGGCAGCUCUGUGCUGCAGUGGGACUCUAGUAGUCAGUCUCUGAGUUGGGUGCUGUCCUGCUCGCUCUGGUUUUUUAUGUACCAGAUUUGUUACUUGACUGAACUUGACCUUUUUAAAUCCUCAUUUUCUUCUUCUUCUUUUUUUUUUCCUUAAGCAAUUGUCCUGCAGUUGAAUUUUUGUAAAUUAGAGUAAUUGGGGAGGAGCCAGUUUUCAUUAAAGUUUGAACAGGAUUUUUCUAAGAAAUAUAGUAAAAAAAUCCAUUUUCUUCUAAGUCUGUUUACUUAGAUGAAUGGCAUUGUCAGUGCUGUUCUCAGUGAAUUUCAAGAGAAUUCUCUAUGGUUUUCUAUGCAGUAACAGAAGAGUUAUCGUGACUCUGGAAGAUGUCACUUUUAACCUACCAGCUGUUCUAUUUUCCUUCUCCUUUUCCCUCCUUCUCUCCUUCCUAUCCCUUCCUCCCUUCUUCCCUCCAAGGUUAAUCAGGAAAGAUAGCUCUUGACAGGGAAAAAGUACAUCAACAUCAGUAACUAGCUUUUUUUUUUAACCUUCUGAUUAGGAACUUUAAUUGCAGUUUAAAUCUCCAUUUCCCCUGACAAUAUAUUGUUAAGGGAAAUGGCAAUAAUUUAAUAAUAGAUGUGGUUCAUAUAAGAAAAUAACCAAAAUUCAAAAAUUUUGCUGCUGCAAUAGGAACUAAAUCAAAUGAGUAUUAGUGUUAAUAGUAGGUAAGUAGUGAGCCAGUUUCUGUUGUUGGUGUGUAUUAGAUGUGGUGUAGGUAGGGGGGCCUAGACCACUCCAGAUGUAUUUUAGAUUAAAUAUACUAUUUAGUAUUUAAGGGAGCCAUAAAUAAAAUUAUUAAGGAGGUUUGGCUUUUGUUUUUUUUAUGAUGGGUUGAGGAACUAGUUUAUAGGCUUACUGUGAUUUAAGCAAAUGUGAUGUGAAAAUCUUAAUUUUAUGAAAAAAUUUCUGUAAAUGAUAUAUUGUGCUUAGAGUAUCCAAAUCAUAAUUUUGAUUUGCAUACAGUGUUUAGGAACUCAUUUAUAACUCAGAGUAUAAAGUAUUAACUUUUGGAAUUAAAAGCCACUUGACUGUUAAAGUGUAGAACAAACAUCGGCUUUUAAAAAACCUUGAUUGGCCCUUGUCUUUAAAAUGAAAAAUGGGAAGAAAAGGUAACAUGACAAAAAGGCAAGGUAAAAAACAAGGUAACUUGAAGUAAGAAGAGAAGCGUAGCAUAAUGGCGCUGCAUGUUUCAAGGCAGCUCAAGUGGUCAGUCAAGGGGGGAGGGUUUUGUUUUAUACUUGCAGAUGAGCAUUUUUCAAGCAUUUUCCCUUGCUUUAUUUUUUGUAAUGGAAAUUACAUUGCAUUUUAUAUAUGUAAAGGUUUUUUUUACAUUGUGUGUGUCUUGUAUGUUUUGAAAACUGUUUUGUAUUUAUGAUACAGGUCACAUGUUUUUGUUUUUUGUUUUUUGCUUUGGUAUACAUUUUAACACAUGAAAUAAAAAAUUUAUAAAAAAUAAAAUUUCUAAAAUAUUUUUGAAAAACAUUUUCGAUUGUUUCAGACUCCUUGCUUGUCCUUUGUUGAUUAGAAAACAAAUGUGAAAGAUUCUUCAAACUAAAAGCUGUCAUCCUUUCUAUUAAUGCUUUA